GGGACAUGUUAAAGUCUCUCAAUAGUUGAAAGCCUUGCCGUCGUGGCAACAGUGGUGAUGGUGAUUGUGGUGGUGAUUAAGUUCUUGAUAAUGAGGAUGGUUUACUAUAAUUAGAAACCGAGUGAACUUUAUGGAGCUUUCAUUGCGGUAACCUAAAAGAGAAAGGAAUUAUGAGAAACACUAUUUUGCACGAAGAGAAAAAAUAUAUCAUUUUCGACUUACCUUAACACGUGUUACGAUAAGAACAAUGAUGAAGUGAUACCAUGCUACUUUUUCUCAACGUGUCAUAAUACGCAGGUGUGAAAAAUAUUUCGUGAUGAAUCCUAAUAAAAAUACCCAAAUAUCAUCCACGUCUCAAUGGAUUCAAAACUCAAUGGUAAACUUUAAUCUCACUCUCGUUCCCCGUAAUGGCAUAAUGAAUUUUAACGUAAUUCCGACAAAGGGACAUCCGGACGUGAGUUAUCGCGUGAAGUGCGUAAACGUCGAGAGCGAACGUGUUUUUCGUGACAUAUCAAUCACGCAGCAGUCAUCGAACAGGACGCAAAAUGUCGAUGUCUGUGAAAAUUUAUUUCCAACAGCACGCAAGAGAAGUAUGCGUAAUUUAAUAAGACAGACAUUCGAUACUCCAGAUUUUAUGGAAUUGAAUAAGAAGCCUAUACGUCGAGUGGAUAAGAAUGAUCAAGUCAAUUCCGAUAUUGUAAUAGAUAAAGGAUUUAGGUCAAAAUACGAGAAUCGUAAUUUACCUGUAGUAAAUUCCAGUAACAAGUUGGGAGAGGAUACAAGAAUUUUGAGAGGUUAUAAGGAGUAUCCUCAACCAUUGGUGAAGACUACGAAGAAUAACGAAGUGAUGAUCAUAUCCCUAGUUGAUCAGUUACUGAUGGACAUUUAUGGUCUUCACGGUAGCGAGAAAGGACGCUCGGGAAGUGAGUCGACGGCUUCGUCCUUCACAGCUAAACCUUGCCAUCCUCACUUGCAAAGAGCACGUCUCUUGUUGAAACAUGAAACGGAACUACGUAUCUUGGUGAGAAUUUUGCAAGGACACGUCAACCAUGCCGGAGGAUUACUGAUACGACAGCUGCGUCGACGAGAUUAUCUUCUUGCAAAGCGCGACAAGCUAUACGACGUCAUAACGGCUCAUCUUCAGGCGCGCAGUGAAAAAAGAAAUGAAGAUACGAGGAUGAAAUUUAGCGUGGUCCCUCAGCCAGGAGAGAGUGGUUUCACGCAAUGGCUAGAUGCCAUGAAAAUGGUGGGUCGACUUCCGGGUGGCAUACCGCCAGAAUUCCGAAAAAGGUUAUGGCUGAUACUGGCGGAACGCCACCUGGAGCAACGUGGAGUGGAUUGGAGACAGGCUGAAAAAGUCUGUUUUAACGAGUGGAGUAAUCCUGACGAUGAGGAACUUGGGAUACAGAUCGUAAAGGAUCUACAUAGGACUGGCUGCAGUCUAUUUUGCGGCGCUGCUGGUAGAGAUAAUCAGGCUGUGCUACGUCGAGUACUUCUUGGCUUCGCUCGUUGGAAUAAAUCCGUGGGUUACUGCCAAGGCCUAAAUGUCCUGGCCGCCCUGGUUCUGCAAGUAAUGGACCGCGCGGAAUCGUCUGCCGUUAAAGUCAUGAUCUAUCUGAUAGAGGGCGUCUUACCUGAGGGCUACUUUGCUGAUAAUCUACGUGGGCUCUCCGUGGACAUGGCAGUAUUUCGUGAUCUUCUUCGUAUGAGGUUGCCAAAGCUAUCACGACACCUGGAAGCUCUGCAGAGUGAUGCAAAGGAUAAGGCAACUGGUAGCAGCUACGAGCCACCUUUGACGAACGUGUUUACAAUGCAAUGGUUUCUCACUCUUUUCUGCCACUGUUUACCCCAGGAAGCAGUACUUCGGGUUUGGGACUUGAUAUUUCUGGAAGGAGAUGAAGUCUUGCUGAGAACUGCUCUCGCCAUUUGGGAAGGACUGGCCGACCGGAUCAUGACUGUCACUUCUGCUGAUGAAUUUUACAGUAUCAUGGGCGUUCUCACGAGAGAGAUGCUGGAAUUCACUGAUACGAACAAUCUAGUAAAGGCUAUAGUCAGCACGGGACCGUUGUCAGGACUGACUAACCUUAGAGAAAAACAUCGAUAUAAUAUUACACCGUGGGCACGAAGAUUGAGCGAUGAUGAUGAAACUGACACAGAGGAGGAAGAAAGAUUGGCAGUAGCUGCAGCCAUGUUCGGCUUGCAACGAUCAAAAAAAGAUCGUGCUUCGUCAUCUAUAGGACCGUUACAGGCAGUGGUAUCUUCCGGCGGUGAUAGAGAAAGAUUAGCCCUGGACAUCAGUACACUGAAGCAACAAUACGCAAAACUACGAGAGCGUCAACGUCAAGCGCACAUAAUACUUUCCGCUGCCUGUGCCAGACAGUCCAUGGUGUCUGCAUCGACAUCCCAAGCAAUGAAUCAUCUUCUGGUAGGCAAGAGUGCUCUGGUCAGUGGUAAAAAUCGCCAAUUGGGUCCUCCACCUGGUGCAAUACCUCCGAAGCCAAAGCACAUGAGCACCCUUAAUAGUCCAAGAAGUCAGAAUCGCAAGGACAAGCAGGGUGUGACUUUGCACUGGAAAGACACAAAGAAGCGGAAAGAGAGCAAGGAUGAACCACCGGAUGUUGCCGAGGCUAUUACGUCGUUAGCGGUAUCUCCCGAGGAAAUGCACGUGAGCGUGUUAUCCCCGAAGCGUGGCAGCAUUGACAGUGACAGUGACAGUACGUCAACGGAACUCUGUGAUGAACCUGAUAAACUGAGUGAUGUUGACAGCGAGGAGCCAACUUCAACAUCUGAUUGCUACGUUAUGGCAACGGAUGAUGAGAAGAGUCCUCGUGCUGGAAAUUCACCAGGUUCGACAAAUCCACUUCCUCGAUAUCUUACGGAGGAUAAGAGUACGGCGAAGAUCUUUGAAGAAUUAAAGGUUGAGAAGGAUACGAAGUUUCCUGGGUCAGAAGAUCAUGCUGACGGCUCAUCGGAGAUCAAAGGAAAUUCUGUUGCUGAGAUUAUCGAUCGAAUUCGAGAAUUAUCAGUCGAUAAUGAAGCUAACGCCAGCAGCUCUCAUGGCAACAAUGAAUCUAAGAAUGACGUAACGGUGCAUGACUUUCGGAUGGAUGAAGAGUUUAAAUGUGAUUCUGAAAAACCGAAAGAAGCCGCCAUGAAUAUUACCUCCUUCACCGCCAGAGAUAGUGAGUCUCAGACGAAGAACAGAGCCGUAAAUAAAAAGUCAGGGAUACUGGAUAAAUACGAGUUUUUAAAUGUAACCGAUAGUAUGAAUGUUCCUAAUGUCGGAGCUACGAUAGAAGAUAGUAAAGUUCCGCUUUCAGGUGCAUUUAUCACGGUUAAAGAAGAAAGUGUAGCUUCUGAUAUUAGGGAUAAAGACUCUUUCACGGUUGACGUUGGUUCCUUUGGCGAUCGGAAUUCUGAUCGAUUUGAUGGUGCAAGAAAUAUUGAAUACGAUAAGAGCUCUGAAACAUUUUUUGAAAUUGCCAACCCCUUGGCUAAUUCGGAUUUUGAUAAGAAGCUAGUAUCAAAUUUACAAGUCCAACGUUUUGACAGCUUGCUAGAUUACAACAGCAGUACAGUCGAAUCAAAGGAUUCGAGCACCGUCGAUUCCUCCGUAAUGGAUAAACUAGACUCCGUAUCCAUAAAAUUACCGCUUUAUUCUAAAUCAUACGUUGUCGGACAUCUUCCAAUUUCUCCGAUAACCGUAGAUCAAAAGUUUAAUAAAUUAAAGGAAGUCGUACAGCCUGCAGAUGAUUUCGUUUUAACUAACAUUAGAGAAGAAUUAUCAAUUAAUGUGCUAGAGGGCAGUAGCACCUUUGACACCAGAAAAGACAGUACAUCCUUCGUUACGAACAGUAAGAUUUCCAAUCCAUCUGGAAAGCCGUAUUAUGAUGGUAAACAUAGUCCUAAAACACCAGAAAGUGGAAAAUCCUACAGUUCAGGGGAAACUAUGGGUCCUGAUUCAAAAACCUCAAGUCUCGCGGCAAGUCCCAGAACGCCACAUAAGUCAGAAUCUCGUGAAUUUCAUGUUGAGAAGUCUGGCUGCUCUUCAGUGAGUUCCGAGUCGAAAACAUUGACUCACCAUUCGAUUGAGUCUGACGAUACGAGUAUUCGUGUUCGAUUGGAGCCAAAGAAGGGUUCCCUUGAAAAGUCAAGUCCAUCAACACCAAUGAGUAGCGACUCAUUGAAGAACAAAUCAGAGGUGAGUUCCAAGUUCAUAGUGAGCAGCUCAAGUGACUCAUGCAGUCCUGAAAGAAAAAAGUCCUCCGAAAGGUCAUUCAGUUCGGAACUCCAAUCGCCGAUAAGCGCCAAUUCCAUAAAAUACACGACGAGCUACAAGGGCGCUCAGGAUAACUUAUCGGACUCCUCUAUUGAUUUGUGCUCGGCUACUUCACCAUUCUAUCCGAUUGCUCAUCCCAAUCAGAAGACUCCUUCUCCUUACAGCGUCUCCAAGCAGAAGAGCAGUACAGAAAGCACAGAAACUUCACCAGAGCAGAAAUCCACGGGCUCAAAGGAUUCUGUGAAAUUGUCAAAGCACAGAUCAGGAGAAAAGGGCAUCGAAUCUUCCAUGCCUGGUGGGGAUGCCGAGAGGAUUUUCAAGGAGAACAACGACUACCUCAGGACUGGCGAGGGUUCGAUGUGCAAAGAGGACUUCGAUUCGGUGCUAUUGUCGUCUAGACUGAAAUUGAAAAGCGACAAGAGUGUCGAUAGUACCUUUGAUCAAGAGCACAGCGAGAGUUAUAAUCGCAAGAGAAGAAAGUUCGGUGACGAAGAGUCUGAGCUUUUGGAUAGAUUUCCAGAGAAGGAUACAGUCUCACCAUUACCGCGAGAUACGUCAAGUAUCCGCAGUCUUUUUGGAGACAAAGGAAGAGGAAGAAGCUUCCCCGAAGGCAGCAGGUCCGAUAGAGAAUACAGCUAUGGCGGGAAAGAAUAUUUGAAAUCGUUUGAACGUAGCAGCAGUAGCUUAGACAAGAGAUUCGCAGAUCUAAAGUUGUCCGCAUCAGCAAAUGAAUUCGAUACUAAUGUCGCCAAGAAACGUUGCAGUGAUAUCCUCGAGGACCUGCGACACCUGGAGGCGAAGAAUUCAGCAGAUGGGACGGGCGAGACAGGCUUAUUGACCAAGAAAACUAGUUAUAUUAUGGAGGACCUGAAGAGUCUGGAAGCGAGACGUCAGGAUACCUUUAGUGAUUCCGCUAGCGGAUUAUCAAAGGGCCGACUGGCUGACCUCAGUGUAAAUAUUAUAGACGAUGCAAGAAAGUCAUACGUGGUUCAGCCGAAGAUCCAUAUAGAUGAGAGUAGCGACAGUAUUUUGCAGAGUUUGACAAGGAGCAAAGGUGCCAAUGAGAUUGACGACGAUCGUGAAUCGAAGCUGGGUGUUUGGACGAAAGUGAAGCCUCGCAAGAAGAGCGACAACGGUCGUAGAAGCAGUGACAGAGCCUUAAAGAUAAUACAAGAGAACUCGGCGAUCCUUCACAAAAUUCUCACCUGUCAGGCAAAAAAGCGCCUACCGGAUCUCGAGGAGAUAUCCAAAGAGAUAACGAUCAGUCCGAUAAAUGAAGAAAUAUCGAAGAUAUUCAGUCCGAUCCUUGAGAAGAUCGGGCUCAACGAGGACGAGAUAAAUGAAGAAUUGGCGCGAAUAAAUUUCAAGGACUUUGAUCAAAUGACAGUGACAAGCGGUUCGGAAUUUGAUGCGAAGAUCAAUGACGAAUUAUCGAAAUUAUCUCUUAUAGAUGAUACCGAAGAAAUUGAUCAUCUGGUUGUAGACGAGAUACUUUCUCGAGACUAUUUAGACACUAGGGAGGCUCUGAUCGAUCGUCAAAUAAACGAAGAACUGUCGAAAUUACUCGCAAAUUACGAAGAGUGUUCGUCGGCGACUAUUAGCUGUCGUGAAAAAGGCUCGUCCAGCCAGAAUGCAAGCGAAGUAGAAGGGUUAGAUCUUUCCAGCAUAUCGACCAAUGUCUUUUCUCACAAGUCAUCCGAUGAUUCAAUAGAGACGAGGAGUGAAUUAGGAUCGGUACAAGAGAUUAACGUUAAAGCGGAUAAAUUUUAUCAGUACACAGAAAAUGUAUUACCAUACACACCAACGAAAUAUAACUUACGUGAUAUUUCGUCAAAAAGCGACAUCGAUAUUUACCAAGAGUUGGAAAAACUUGAUAAAAUAUCAUCCGCUCAAAUUGUACCGACCGCGUCUACUGUCAUUUCUCCAAAAGCAUUGUCGCCACCGUUUUCAACCGAUUGUCCUUCAUAUGCUGAUGUUAAAUCGUCGGCUUUAGAUUAUUCGGUCAGAUCUGAAAAACCAUUCGAUUCGUCGUCGUUGAAGAGUCCUUACGACAGUUAUAAGCCAUACGAUUUCAAGUCCAGAAUAUCGCCUAGAAAAACACCAAGCAAUCCAUACUCCGUACGUUCCUAUGAAAAAUCAGCAUUUGAAAUUACCGAUCAAAAGCCGAUUUCUUCGUCGCGAAAUUAUGAUCUACCGUCAACAAGGUCGAUUCUAUCGAAGGAAACGUUAGAAUUUCGCGUGCGGUAUGACGACGAACCGAGCCAACAGGUCCACGAGGAUGACCUGACCUUAAGGCCUUAUCAGACAGAUUUGGUGGAGCUUGACAAGGGAGCUUCCUAUUAUGAGAAUAAACCAAUCACACCAACGAGUUAUAUUCCUAAGGAGGAAUUACUUAUAGAUUCAGGCAUUCCCAUGAAAAUGGAGUACGAGAAAUACAUUUACGAUAAAUUAGAUUCGAUUCCCAGGAGCCACGAGACGAUCACUUCGAAGGAACUUUUCUACGCGAAGACACCGGAAUUCGAGAGACAGCCUUACAUGUUUCCGCUUACGGAACAUGCCACGGAUUAUGGAAAUUUAAACGUACGAAGACGGGAGUCCCAUUCUUUGUCGCCGAAUCAUCAGUUUGCCGAUAGAAAAUUAACGUUACCUAUGGAUCCGCGUAUUUCGACGCUAUCGCCCAGUCUCGAGGACGUGACGAAACGUCCAGUUUCACAUCCAGAAUUUCCGGACAAGUUGAGUCUCUCAAAGUUUACUGAUCUACCGUCAGAGGAACCAAGUAGUAGCAGAAAGUCAUCCUUGAGUCUUGGUAAUAUAGGACAUGUCAGUAGAAUACCUACACAAGCCUACGACACGUCGCCCAGCAUGAAAACGCAAUUUAGUCCUUUCCCUGUCAGCAGAAACACUGUUAGAAAACCCAAGGAAUUGGGACUGAAAUUGGGCCUUUAUUCACCUACCAGCUCCGGUGUUGGUCCUUUAAAGCGGUCAUAGCGUCCUUUACACUUUAACAAUAAGACGGACGAGUCGGUCGAAUAACGUUUAGCUUUCUUAGGUGAAGCGUCGGUUGAUACUUUACAUUGACAUCGUUUCUAGCGACUAAAAUGAACGUCGCUCAUCCUUCCAAUUAAAGUUACAACUCCUACUUGUAUACAUACAUACUCGCGUAACAAAUUAAACUCGUACACGUUAUAAUAUUUUACGUAUAUUGUAAUGGAACAUUUAAACUCUUAUUAGGGUUAACAAAGUGGGCCUAAACUAUAUUGUUACUGAAUGCUCUAUGCUCAUCGGUCUGUUCUAAUGGUUUCUAAUGAUGUAAUUACAUAUGUAUAAAUGAGAAUCCUCGCGGUGUCUGCGUGGCGCGAAAUUCAAAUGUACAAGCUCGUGCGAUGCAGAUCCUGCUCGCAGGAUGCAAUCGUGGCUCGAUGGCUUGAAAGUGCAUAGAAUAUAUUUAAGGCGAUGUAUAACUUUAUUUUGGAUUAUAGGAUGAAUGACGAUAAGUGUUUAUCGAUGAAAGUGGAACUUGUGGAAUGAAAUAUUACUUCAAAGAUAAGUAAUUUAUCAAUAAUUAUCUGUGUACCUACCUGUGUAUAAUAUUCGAGGAGAGGCCUAUUGUUGAUUCCGUAUUGCCAAAAUUACGUGAUCCAGUCCCUUAAUCCAGUGGCGUCAAUUUGUAGCUUCGAGUCAGUAAUUAGAAACUGCGCAAACUAUUGUCUGUGAAUAAUGAUAACGCACUGAAGAAUUCUUAUCAGUUUCGGCGAUUUUAGACCGAUCCACAGAAAUCUCUUUUAGAGGACACAGAUUCUAGGGACGUUAAAUGUAGAAAGUAUUUAUACAGGUGCUUUAGCAGAAAAUAGUAUAAUUAGGAUAUAUACUUUUGAGGCUAACAAUCAUCAUUAUGAGUUGCAUCUUAUUGCAACGUGUCUUUGAUAUUUCGUUGAAUCUAUUUCUUUGCUGACCUCAAUUACAAUGUUAAUCUGUUGAUUAUUUUUCUUAUGGCUCAGCAAUCUUGUUAUAUGUUGUUGGCAAUGCGCUUUCAGUUUUAAAUUAAAAUAUAUGCCUCUUUCUGCGCUUUACCCUCCUCUAUUCAAAGCAUUAAGCAAAAGAGAAACUUUCACGUCUUUUAGGUUCACUUUGUUCAACUAUUUUCUGAGCAUAUUAUUGACAAUAUACGUACACUUACAAUUACCGUGUCGUUCACUAAUUUUCGUCACCGCGAUGAUAUUGGAAAUUAUCAUAAUCUGUGGCGACACGCGGUUGUAGAACGUUCGAUACUGUUAUGAAUAUAACAAGAUGGAAAAAACUUGAAAAUGAGUGUCUCUAGUUUUAACGGAUUUGAGAUCUGACAAAUCAUUAAAGGAUCUGUAGGAUUUUUGCGCGAGACGAAUAUAUUCUGUUUUCUCGGCUGAAUGAAUGGAUAUGUAAAAUUGUUGAAGGGCGCUUAAUUCGUGAGUUCUCUGUACAUACGUAGUUACCGGCGCGAAUCACAUCCCGACAUAAGACUGUAUAUUUGAAAAUCAUAAUAUUGUAAGAAAUUAAAAGAAAAAGAUACACAAUAAAGAUAUUGACACGUAUAACAUUUGUGCAGCCUAAAUUUUUUAAAAUUAUUAUUUAUUAAUAUUCAUUUAUUCGGUUACGAGAUCAGAACAAUACUUUAGUAUGUUGAUACAGUUCAAUGUGAUAAGAAAAUAAUUUUCUUUAUGUUACUAAGGUAUAACACUAUUUGUAGGAAUGAACAUUACUUACCGUCGGACUCUAAUUGACGUUUAUUACAAAAAUAUGUAUUUUUGAACAUACAUCAAGAAAGACGUACGAAACAAUUUUUGCACACAGGCUAUCAGUAAUAUUUUAUUUUAAUGGAAUAACGUAAUUUUUCAAUUUUCUUGGAAAAAGUAGUAUUAAUCCGUAAAAGCGGAUUUUAUUCAAUUGCUUCAGUCAAUCCUUUUACCUUUCGGCUUGCUAUAUCUAUUAAUAACUUUCUUACAGAUCAGAAUCGUCAUAUAGAUAAAAAUCAUCUUCGUAGUUCCGAUUCUCCUGAAGUAUUGUCUUUACGUGAGCUGUUCUCUCGUGGGAAAUAACGUUGAAAAGAUAUAACUCGAUUGCAUCCGUCCGCCUUUUGAAAAUCCAUACGGUAAAUUAUGUCGCGUACACAAUAUUAAAUAUAAUUGAUAAAUCAGCAAGCAGAUAAAAGCUAUGAAAUAACGUGCGAUCUCACAAAAGUUAUAACCUCCUAGAUUAACCUGCACUGAUGACCUCAAGAAAUUUAAUCAAGUUUCACGUCCCGACCUCUUCGCAUAUACCACUUCACUUACCUGCCUUAUUCCCUUCGGCAUGGUAAACUAGACAAGAGUUCGCCAAAUAUAUUCAGACGAAUCUCUUAAAUCCGCCGGUGCAUUCUUUGCCGGCGCGUAUUUCAUUUUGACACGACGUACAUGAGGAGUAUGGUGGUGCAUGAAGAAAGAAGAAAAAUAGCAAGUUUUAUUAAGAAAAUUUAAUCCGCACGAAUAUUUGCCAGAUAUCGUAUCUUAGUAUCUUAAAUUUUCAUGAACGUAGAUUGAACAUUUCCGUAAUAAAAAUACGAUCCUACGAAUAGAAAUUAAAAGGAACAUAAAGGAUUGAAA